GCGAGCAAGAUGGCAGCGAAAUCCGAUGGCGUGGGGGUCGGUACCGGGUUCGCGCAGCUGGAUGAGCAGGAUGAAACGGCGGCCAACGACGACGAGCUGGACAGCGCGGCCAUCCACAUCUGUCACUGCUGCAAGUCGUCCUCGUGCUACUGGGGCUGCCGGAGCGCGUGCCUGCGCUCCCUGACGGUGAAGGGGAACCGGAGAGCAGGCAGAGGAGCGGAGGAGCGCUUAUGGCUGGACUGUCUGUGGAUCGUGCUGGCCAUGCUCGUGUUCUUCUGGGACGUGGGCACGGAUGUGUGGCUGGCCGUGGAUUACUACAGGAAGCGGGAUUACGCGUGGUUCGGGCUCACGCUCUUUUUCGUGCUCGCUCCGUCGGUGCUCGUGCAGAUCCUCAGCUUCAGGUGGUUCGUGCAGGACUACACGGGCGGAGGCCUCGGUCCGGUGCAGGGUCUGAGCCGGAGAGCCACCGCUGGACUCAGCGCAGGCAAGUACGGCAGGGACGCGUGCUGCCACAUCUCCAUCUGGACCUGGCAGGUGCUGGUGCAUCUCCUGCAAAUGGGCCAAGUGUGGAGAUACAUUCGGACUAUGUACCUGGGCAUCCAGAGCCGGCGUCAAACCAAACACAGACGGAGAUUUUAUUGGGCCAUGAUGUACGAGUAUGCUGAUGUCAACAUGCUUCGUUUGCUGGAGACAUUUUUGGAGAGUGCUCCCCAACUGGUGCUACAACUUUGCAUUAUGAUCCAGAAGAACCGGGCUGAGACUUUGCAGUGUAUCUCUUUAUUAGGAUCAUUGAUGUCUCUGUCCUGGGUAUUAGCUUCCUACCAUAAGCUCCUGAGGGACUCCAGAGAUGACAAGAAGAGCAUGAGCUAUCGAGGGGCACUUAUUCAUAUCUUCUGGAGGCUCUUCACCAUUUCUUCACGGGUGCUCUCCUUUGCUCUCUUUGCAUCCAUUUUCCACAUCUACUUUGGUAUUUUCGUGGUGAUGCACUGGUGUGCCAUGGCCUUCUGGAUUGUGCAUGGAGGCACUGAUUUCUGCAUGUCCAAGUGGGAAGAGGUGCUCUUCAACAUGGUAGUUGGCAUUGUCUACAUAUUCUGCUGGUUUAACGUGAAGGAAGGUCAGACGCGCUACCGGAUGAUGAUCUACUACUUUGUGGUGCUGGCAGAAAACACGGUGCUCACCUGUCUGUGGUACACCUACAGAGACCCAACCACCACGGACUCUUACGCAGUGCCAGUCCUGUGUGGGGUUUAUCUAAGUUUUGCUUCAGGAGUGGUCUUCAUGGGCAUCUACUAUGGAAUCCUUCACCCUAUGGGCCCUAGGAUGAGACUGCUAGCCAGUUCCUGCUGUGCUGAUCUACUGUGGGGUCUCCCUUUACCCCCUGAGGCCGAGCCAAUGGCACCGACCCCUCAUGCUGCACAGACAACACCAAGCCGGGUGUCUAUGGCAGGUUACGGGCAGCAGGAAGACUCCAUGGCAGAUACCUGUCUACCAGUGUUUCAGGUGCGUUCCCCUGAACCCACCACGCCAUCAGGCCGCCAUCGACCAGAGGGGCCACUCAUCAAGAUCGAUAUGCCCCGCAAACGUUACCCAGCCUGGGAUGCCCACUUUGUAGAUCGGCGCCUGAGAAGGACCAUUAACAUCCUGCAGUUUAUCAGCCCCUCGGCUGUCGGGAUCAGGUACAGGGACGGGCCACUUCUCUAUGAGCUCCUGCAGUACGAGUCCUCGCUGUGACCAUGUCCUUUUUCCUCCCCACCCCUUGUUUUUCUCUUUUUGUCCCGUUCUUUAGUCGUCAU